AUGGGACGAACAAAGGACAAGAAAAAAACCUUAAAAUUGGUGAAAGACAAUGGGGAGUCCUCAAACACGCUAGGGAACUACACGGGUGUGGGAACUGUGAUAUUUUACCUUAACAAAAAAUGGAAAACCACGGAGAAGUAUUACGGAAAUAUCUUCCAAGGAAAAAAACACGGAUAUGGUGAGUAUAACUACCAGAAUGGCGAUUUUUACCAAGGGUUGUAUGAGCACGGCAAGAAGAACGGGAUUGGCACUUAUUUUUACAAUAUGAACGACAGGCAGGAGAGAGGCAAAGGGAGAGGGGCGAGGGGGAGAGACGAUAAGAAUAGUGAGGAGGAGGGGAACAGCGACGACGAGAAGGGCGAAGACGAGAAGAGUGAAGACGAGAUGAGUGAAGACGAGAAGAGCGAUGAUGAAAAGGGCAACGACGAACAGGACGAUGAGCAAAAUGAGCAGAAUGGCAAAGACGCGGAUAGCGAAAAGGACACGAGCGAGGAGGAAGGUGAAAAUGACCAAAGUGGAAGCGAUCAAAGUGGAGACGCCACUAGCGGAGAAGACCAAAGCGAAGGAGACACUGAACAGAGCGAUCAGAAUGAACAAGACAAGGAGAAAAGGUCAAAUAAGGAUGGCUAUCAAAAUAGCAAGAAGGGGAAUAAAGCAGCUGAUAAUGAAAAAAAUGCCUCCAAAAAGUUGUUGCUACAUCUUAUGCAAAAAUGGAAUAACUCAAAAAUGAAAAAAGAAACGAUUAUCCCCGCGAAAGGUAAUUACAUAAAUAAGUUAGUCCUACCCCCGGUGGGUCCUCUCAUUUUUCGUGUGUUUGGUCCUGGCCCGUUCUAGAUGUCCAUCACAAACAACCCCUUCCCCGCAGGAAGAUACACAUACAAAAAGUGCAAAAGCGUUCUUGAAGGACAUUGGGAAGACGGACAUUUAACGCACGGGAAAUGGAUCUUACCAAAUGGAAUGUAUUUCGUGGGAAACUUUAAAAAUAAUAAGCCGUCCGGAGAUGGCGUCUGGGCAUUUGAGGACAGAACACAAUUAAAUGUUUUUUAUUAUGAAGUUAAACAAGUAAAAUGA